AUGACUGCCUCGAUAGAAACAACAAAGACAUACUGUGCUGGUUUACAAUGUGGUAAAGAAACUACCUCUCAGUUGAAAUGUCCCAUCUGUCUAAAAUCUGGAAUAAUCUCCAUCUUCUGUGAUGACGAUUGUUUCAAAGACAAUUACAAGGCACACAAGGCCCUCCAUUACAAAGAGGGUGAUGAAGAAACCAAAUCUGAAUCCUACGAUCCAUUCCCUAAGUUCAAAUAUACAGGUUCUUUGAGACCUCAUUAUCCAUUGACUCCAAAGAGAUUUGUCCCAGAACAUAUCGAGAAACCAGACUGGGCUGCAAAUGGAUUACCAGUAAGUGAACAAAAGAAUGAUAGAUUGAAUGUUAUACCUAUCUAUAAGAAGAGUGAGAUAAAAAUCAUUAGGAAGGCAUGUAUGUUUGGUAGAGAAAUUCUUGAUAUUGCCGCCGCCGCGGUCAGACCUGGUAUCACUACUGAUGAAAUUGAUGCUAUUGUUCAUGAGGAGACUAUUAAGAGAGAUUGUUAUCCAUCUCCUUUAAAUUAUUAUAAUUUUCCUAAAUCUGUUUGUACUUCGAUUAAUGAAGUCAUCUGUCAUGGGAUCCCAGAUAAGACUGUUUUGAAAGAAGGUGAUAUUGUUAAUUUGGAUGUUCUUGUAUAUCAAGGUUUCCAUGCAGAUUUGAAUGAAACUUAUUAUGUAGGUGAGAAUAUUCGUAAAGAAGUUAUUAAUACUGUUGAGACUGCAAGAGAAUGUUUGAAGAAUGCAAUUAAACUAUGUAAACCAGGGAUGACAUUCCAAGAAUUGGGUGAUCAUAUUGAAAAACAUGCCUUGGAAAAUAAGUGUUCAGUAGUGAGAACUUAUUGUGGUCAUGGUGUCGGGAAAUAUUUCCAUUGUGCACCAAGUAUCCCUCAUUAUGCCAAUAAUAGAGCCGCUGGUGUUAUGAAACCAGGUAUGGUGUUUACUAUCGAACCUAUGAUCAAUGAAGGUGUUUGGCAAGAUAUCUCAUGGCCUGAUGAUUGGACCUCUACUACCAAAGAUGGGAAAGUCAGUGCUCAAUUUGAACAUUCGUUGUUGAUCACCGAGAAUGGUGUAGAAAUCUUAUCUGCUAGAAACAAGAAAUCCCCAGGUGGUCCAAGAACAAGAAUCAAAUAA